CCACCACCACCACCACCAACACCUACCUAUCUCUUCAUGCAGGACACAAACAUCCAUGUCAACCCAGUCACACAGCGAUUUCCACCUUACUGGUCGAUACUGAAUGAGGAUACUGAAACGGAUGUGGCGCAGGAUGCCGUGGUGACCUCGUCAUGUCCUGCCACGGUCCACUCCCACCAAGACCAUGAGGGAUACGAGUCGCAAGACGAGGAAGAUUACAUCGUCCUGACCGAUGACGGUGGCGAUGAAGAAGUGGAGGAGGAGGAUGAAUCCAAGUCGAAAUGUUCAUCGCUUGAACAAGAUGACCAUCAACCCUCACACAGAUCUAGACAAGAUGUUACCUCAGGUAGAAGCUACCCAGAGAAGCGCCCCAUUGAAGACAGACGUUGGCUCAACGGCCAUGUCUCCAACGUUUUCCUCCAGCUCACUGAUCACCAGCUCGGCAGCUGCUCACAUAAUCCCAGGGCCGUAUCCAAUCUGCCUCACUCUCGAAGUUCAUCUCAUUCGAUCCCUCGAGCACUUGGCCCAAGCAACAGUCCUUUCAAUGAAGACGAAGACGAAGACGACGACGCCAUCAUGCAAAGACUCAUGGCGCAAGCUCGCGAGAGGCAGAACGCAAACCAUGAAGUUGAUCAAGAAGAGGCAAGUCGGAUAAGGAGGGAAUCGCGAUCGAAGGAGGAUCAAGAGUCAAGUCGGAAGGCGGCCAAGUUCCUCGAAGCCCUCUGCUUGGACUUUCUCGAGCAGGUGUACACUUCUCAACGGGCUAUUGAUUCCCGUCAUAAGCUCUCACGGAUGACCAAGAAAAAUAGGAAGAAGAGUGGAUCGAGGAAGAGAGAAUUUGAGGAGGGUGAAGCAAGUGCAGAUGAGUACGCAGAUCGCAAACUGGAAGUGAGCCUGUCUCUGAAGAAUCGCAAGACUGGAGGUUAUCACUGUGUGAGCUUUCCAGACGACCUCACUCUCGCGAAGGAGAACCAACUAGGGAGGAGUAUGCUUCGGCUGGCUAGAAUCUUGUGUGUCGCUUCGUUGCUGUACGAGGCGUGUCUCACAGGUGUGACUACGACCAAGCGAGACAUUUUCUACAAGGACGUCAGACUAUUUGGCAAUCAGGCAGUGGUUGACAAUAUAGUCGACGACAUUGUCGCUACCGCAGGUCUCAAAAGGAGGCACUUCAACGUCUGCGCCGCGUCUAAGGGGCUGAUCGUCACGAAUUGUCUCGAGAUCAUGCUCAAAUCUGGCGACAGACUGCCAUGUUCAGGCACAACUGCUGCUCUGAUUGUACCGGUGGAACGCGUUGAACGAAUUGAAGCGACGAGUCCCCCAAAGUGGGUGCUCAUCGUGGAGAAGGACGCUAUCUUUCAACCUCUGUGUGCUAUGAAAUUGCUCGACCUACUUGGACCGGGAGUCAUUGUCACGGGCAAAGGCUACCCCGACCUCGCCACGCUUCAGCUACUUGCACUCAUCGCAGAUCAUUACCCUGCAACCAAAUUUUAUGGCUUAUUCGAUGCUGAUCCUCAUGGUCUUGACAUCCUCUCGAUAUAUACGCAUGGCUCACAGGCCAGUCGAUAUUCACACGAUCAUUCGGAUCUACCCCUUGGAGAUCGCCUGAGGUGGAUCGGUGUCAAGUCGAGCGAAUUGAUCAGCAUGGGACUCAAGCAUGACGACCUGAUUCCUCUCACUGAGAAAGAUGUUCAAAAGGCCAAUGCCAUGCUUCGACAUCCGUUGCUGCGAGACGAUUGCAAACGCGAGCUCGUACACAUGCUUCACCUCGAUCGCAAGGCUGAGAUUCAGAUCAUCCUUGGUGCAGAGUCGGUUGAGACAGAGGAAUCUGUUGAGGCCAAAAGCUGUGGUCCAGCCUUGUUGAUGGACUACGUUGUGCGACGUAUUGGCACUGUAUGAGCAUCGACAGUAUGAUAUACCUUCUAUGUAUGCUGCAAUACCAUG